CCAAUUUGAAAUUUGAUAACAGUCGCGCUUCGUGCGUGUGCCUGGCACGCGCUCAUCUCUAAUUUACAUUCAGCUCGGCGAACAGCUGUUUCGAGCUGCCUCUCGUAUGCUUUCUGUUUUCAUUUUGAUUAAAGCAUAUUCCGAUGAUUAAACCAGUCGAGAGUCGCAGUCGCAGUGGUCGUCGUCGUCGUGAGAAAAUCGUUGCGGGAGUUGAGCAUUGAAAAAGUCAAUCGAAACGCCAUUUGAUGUAAAGGGAAAAAAGCGAAGAAAAUACCUUAAAGUCACGGAGCAAGCAAAAGAAUAAACUGAACGAUUUGAAUAACAUUUACAAUAGCAGUGCGUGAAGAAUUUCCCAUAUGAGUUUGCAUAUUUUUGCUGAAAAACUUUCAACGCCAACGCAGAAAAUCUAAAAGCGACGGCGACGUCAGCAGCGACGUCGGCGUCCACAAAAUGUAUACAACACUGUUGCAACGACAGCGAAUGUAAAGCCGAACACAGUUGAUACUAGAACGACAGGGAGUUGUGGUGCAUUGGUGCAGUGCAGCGGGAACUGGAGGGAGUGGAGCAGUGGAGCAGAACCUAAACGAGAUUAACGAGAGCAAAGAAAACUGAUUAUCAAUUGCAGCAUGAGCUACCUGCGACAGGGCCCGGCUGCCAGCCUGAAUUUGGAUCAUGCGUUGCGGUACCGCGAGCUGGAUCAUCCGCGUAGCAAUCUGGAGGCCGGCAUCUUCAGGCAGCGACUGCAUGCUGCCGAGAAUCUAUACCAACGCAACCUGAUGGCGCACUAUGGCUGCGUCAAUGCGCUCGAGUUUAGCCCGGGCGGUGAAUACCUGGCGUCGGGCGGCGACGAUAAGCGCGUGCUGCUCUGGAAUGUUGACCAGGCGCUUGGCAAUGUAACCGAGGACUUCCCAGCCGCCAUGUACGGAGAGCACGCCAGCAACAUAUUUUGCCUGGGCUUCGACACGCUCAGCAAAUACGUGUUCUCGGGUGGCAACGAUGACCUGGUCAUACAACACGACCUGUGCACCGGCAAGAAUCUUAAUUACUUUUCACAUGACGGGCCCGUCUAUGGGCUCAGCGUGGACCGCACCAGCACCAAUCUCUUCAGCGUGGCCACGGAGCACGGUGAGAUCCUCGUCUACGACAUGCGUGUGGGCAAAACAGAACCAUUUAUCGUUGCCAAUUUCCGCACGCCCUUCAAUGCGGUGGAGUUUCAUCCGCUGAAUGGCAACUAUUUGGCCACCGCGAAUGCCAGGCGAGGCGCACAGCUCUGGGACAUGCGCAACAAUACACAGCCUUUUCGUCAGUAUAACUACAUCACAGAAUCUCCAAGCUGCAUGAGCGUGCGCUUCAAUUGCAAUGGAAGUCUGCUGCUCACUCUGCAUCGUCGCUUGCCGCCCAUAUUAUACAAUCCAAGCUCAUCCGACCCGUUGUGUUCGUUUUACCAUGAUGAGUACUUCAACUCCUGCACCAUGAAGAGCUGCACCUUUGCGGGCCCCCACGACGAGCUGGUGGUCUCCGGUUCAGAUAAUUUCAAUAUGUUCAUGUGGCGAUUAGACGGAGUCAACUUGGAGAAGAAGAAUCAGUGGAUUGAUACAUCACCUGUUAUCCUGACCGGUCAUCGAUCAAUAGUUAAUCAGGUGCGCUAUAAUCGGCAGCGCUGCUUGCUGGCCUCGUCGGGCGUGGAAAAGAUUAUCAAGUUUUGGAGUCCAUUUGCGCAGCAGGGCUGGGAGGGCGCAUUGACGGAGCCCUCGGACACGCCCCAUUGCACUCGCCCGCUCCAUCGAAAUGCCACGGAUCAUGUGUCCCAAGACUUCAGCAUGCGCAAUAUGGAGGAGGAUCAGGUGAUGUUGGCAUUUUUCGAUACGUUGGUGCAGCGUGAGCUGGAAACCUGGACCAACAAUAGCAGCAAUGCGAACGCCAUGGGCCAGCAGACCACCACGGCUAGCGACAGCUCCUCGCGCACCUCAACGGAACACAGUGGGAGCAGCACCCAGUCGGACGAGAGCGAUGGCGACACGCCCAAUGUCAGCGAGCUCAGCUGGCAGACCCAUCCGAAUCGCAUUUUCUAUUUGAUAGCAAAAAAGCGGCGAGCCCUGCUGCAGCUGGCUGUCAAGGGCACCGGAGGUCAGCAUCGAAAUGUGGAGCAGCUGCUAGCUCGGCUGCUGGGCGAGCAGCGACAGGUGGCCACCCAAGCUCGCAUCAGCGAAUGGCUGGAGGAGACGCAUCGAUUGUUCGGCGAUGACGAGCUACCCACCACAUCGGCAGAGGCGGCUUCUCGGGAGCGCCUGCGUCGGGAGUCGAUAUCCCAGGCCACUAGCCGCAGCCCCCGCAAGCCGCCGGAACUUCGAAUGAUUGGCUCCCUGCAGGCCAAUUUCGAGCAGCUGGAGCGUAAGCGUAAGCUGAUGCGGCUGCGAUUCGCUGCCAUCAAGCGGAGGCGCAAAGUGCGACGUCCGCGCCGUGGCAGACAGGAGAAUGACAAUGCCUUGUCCUAUGAUACGGAAUGGCUGGACGAUGAUGAUGAUGACGAUGAUGAGAUUGAUAAUGAUAACGAGGUGGAGAUCAAUCAUGAGAAUAUGGGCGAGGACAACAACACCAACAGCAGCAGCGACGACACAUCCAACACAUCAAUGGAAGCACAAUUGUCUCAAGCUCCGAGCACCUCAAACUCGCUUCAAUUCGGUCUGGAACCAAACGAGGCUAACAACAACAGUCCACCGGCUGCCGCAACCAGCAACAAGAAGAGGAAUGGCCUCAUGACUGGCGCAUGCUACCCGGAGACGACAACCUCCUCCAAUUCCUCUUCGAACCAGACGAAUAUUUAAACACAUCCGGGAAGCUUUUUCCCAGAGGUUUCCUAGACUAUUUACAGCAAAUCAAUGGAUUGCAACAAACUCUUCAAAUACAAUGGACUAGUAUAUAUAUUAAGCUCUACAAGUAGAAAGUUGAACUUUGAUCAUUGGGCUGAACCAAAUCGCCCACUAUGGCUACGAUUGUGUUAUUAAAUAAUUUAGAGUGUACAUUACUUGGCAUAGAAUUAGCCAUGCACCGAUACUUCUGAUAAGAAAGGAAUCCUAAACUCAUUAUUUCAUUCAAAAACUGUUGCACUUUGGUUGUAUCAAGUUAAUGUGAAGUUUAUAGAAAAUU